CGUUUACUUGUUCUAUGUCUACGUCAGAAGCCACGUGCCCACGUGACCUAUACUACAUGUAGUCAUGGCAGACGACUACAGGCGACAAGAUUUUGAGUUGGAGAGGAGAAUAUUUGAGAUAGACAACAAAUGUUCAUGUCUCCGAGCUGAAAAGCAAGAUGAUGAUUAUUUGCAGAAUGCGUCUGCCAUACUAGAGAAGUUGAAAAGCUUUUACAGACAAGGAGGAGAAAGCUUCAACCUUUUCAAGCUGCUUCAGGAUUACACACAGGUGAUUCUUGACAUCACUUUUUAUGAAGAGAAUCAACUGGUGGAUCAGGAAUUCCCUGAAGACUCCUCACCAUUUAAGAUCCAGCAGCUGCUGCAAGACCUGACUGAGCCAGAAGUUUUGGUGGCGAGGCUGACGCCAGGACAGGAGGUGCAGUCUGUGUUGGGCACAGAGCUGUUGGAAUGCCUGUACUGGAGACGUGGAGCUCUGCUGUACAUGUACUGCCACACCCUUCAUCAGCGAAAGCAAUGGAUCAAGAAAAACAAGGACACAUUCAUUAAGUGUAUUCAGGAAGGCGUUCGGUAUUUGAUGCGGAUGCUACAAGUUAGAAACACAGUGAAGCUCAAUGAUGGGGUGGUGCUCCAUGACAGUGCUACAGCAAGCAUCUUAUCUGAAGGCAUUUUUUCAGACACUCACCUGCUGACAAUGAUGUACAUUGGCGAAAUGUGUUUCUGGGCUGUCAAGUAUGAGGAUUGCAGUGCUGACUCCACAGACCACAAAGACGGCCUCCAGUUUCGGGACAUCGGUACACAGAUUCUGAACAAAUAUGUGCAUGCCUGCGAGGGUCCUCUGCAAGGCCAGGGCUGGAAUACGGAAAAUGCCAAGGAAAUCCUUAGUAUUUUACAGUGAAAUAAACUGCUAAAAGUUACCACCAGGCACAGAUCUAAGUACAGUGUUCAAAUGUGUCAAAUCCAAAUAAAUAUCGAACUCCAUGAAAGUGGUGCAGGUGCAGUUUCUAAAAGGGUAAAAGAGAGGGACAUGCAGGAAGUGUGUGAGGAUAAUGUGUCUUUGGGUUGUUUUACCCUUAAAGAACAUGAGAAGAGCAUGUGAAUGAGAGUUUAGAAAGUACUGUUGGAGGAAAAUAAAGGCUAAAAGAUAAGCUUAAUAAUUUGUGCUGACUAAGCAGAUCUCAUCUUGAAUAGUUCUUGGAGCAAUUUGCUCCAAAGAUGUUAUAAUAAUUUUAUUAUUAAUAUUCAGAGAGUAUUAUUUAACUAAAAUGACUGUCUCUAAUUUUUAAGAUUGUUUCAGAUUUGAACAUAAUCCAGCAUGAUGUGUGACAUUGCACAUAACAUCUUAUUUAUUGUUUUGUUGCCAUUCUUAUGUUUUUAUGGUGUAAUAGAGUUGUGGCUAAUAUGUGUGUAUAAAAUAUGCACAUACAUGUAAAGCAAGGAGUUUCAGAGCCGAUUACCAAUUUUAGGUAUGUUUAGGUGUGUUCAUGCCAUUUUUCUAAUGUGUUGCCUGUUUUUCCAUGUAUCCAAAUUCGUUUUCCUUCCACCCCACCUGGAUAACUGGCAGUGUAACCAUUAAUACAGACCCUGUUAUUUGAAGAAAAAAAAAUCUGUUUUUUAUGUCCUUGUUGAUAAUAAAGAUAUGAUUUGUUUUCAGUAAAAAUGA